AGACAAAUGCCCAAAAUUAAUAAACUUAAUAAAUUCGUCAAAAUAAUAAAAAUUGUAUCGUAGUUUGCAUAGAAGAAGAGAAGGUCCCUUUCCCUUGCUCCCAUCCAGUUCUUUCUCUCUUCCCUCUCUUAUCCUCGCCCCCGUUCUCCGAUCCAUCUACUUCUUCAAGAGUACCAAUCUUUUUUUCAACUGGGUCAUGAUUCCGAUCCUUUCCAGAUUUCCUUUAAUUCGCCUCCUUCUUGAAGGGUUUUCUUUUCCUUUGAUUGUGUUACUCUUUUUUUUUUUCUCUCCGAUCUCCGGCGGGCUGUUCUCGUUUUUAUUUUUAUUUUUUGGGUUUGCGAUGGGGAGAGGGAGAGGAGCGUUGCUGCAGCCGGGAAUACUAUGCCAGCAGUUGUACCCAAUGGUUGCAGAAGAGGUGGAUGCUCUACGGGAACGGGAAGCUCUCAAAGUGUAUCGGCAAUCGACAAUAAGAGCUUUGCGCAAGAAGAUGAAGAAUCAAUCAAAAGCUUUCGAGUUGCAUCUCACCAAACCAUUGUCAAAGAUCAUGUGGAUGGGAAAAAUUGCGCUGUUCUUGGCAAUGACUUUUAUGGUGGACUUAAAUUUACAACCAAGCUAUUAUACAAAAAGGGGAUCAAAACACAUUACUUCUUCGCUAGUUGCAUCUUCCUUCUAACAUUUGCCAAGAAUAGGAAUCAACUCCAAAUCCUACGUGAAAGGUGGGGCUAGCUCCAAAUCCUUGUACUUCUUUUUUCAAUAAAUAUUAUUUUUGCUG